AUGGAAGGGCAGGAGAAGAGACUCUACGGUGGGCUAACUGUGUACCGUGAGCAAGGUGCCUAUCUGCGAAGACUUGAGCAGUUUGAGAAGGCUAAAGUGGCAUACGACGAGGCGUACAAAACUUAUCCCGAAGACAUCCGCCUACUGAUCGGCCGCAGCAGGGUGUGUGCCGAUGCCGUCCAACCGCAGCAAGCAUAUGCGGACGCCGAGCUAGCGCUCAAGCUGGAGCCUCGCAACAUGAAUGCGCGAUACAUGCAGGCCAACGCCAUGUACACCAUGUGCGACUUCGAGCGAUCCGUUGCCAUGGCCUACCGCGGGUCCUGGCUACGUCGACAACCACCUUAUUUUAUGGAAAGUAUUAAUCAAGGCUUGGAAACUAUACAGGACUGUGUAGGAAAAAAUUCUGGGCACGUGAUGCAUGAUUUUCUCCCACUAAUCAAACGAAACGAACAAAGUCAUGUGGACGAUCACGAGCCAGAAAAAGUUUUACGUAUGUCUCGCAUACCGCAUCCAGUACGACGUGCAAAACUCACACAGAUGGAAACACGUAAACAUCUGACAUUAUCAAGGGUGCUCGCAAUGAAGUAUCUGGGGCCCAUGGCCUCCGAUAAGUUUUUUCUUCAAUCAUUAAUCGAAGAUAGUCGGUUAAAGUCUGCAAAUUCUAAGGGAAGUGAGGAAUUAUUAUCCUUAGCAAAAGAAGCUUUGCGGUCGCUGACUGAAAGGCAAGACAUGCUACGCUCUCAACGGCCGUACUAUACCAUUAAACUAGCAGAAAAAUCAGAAUCUAAACAUGAAACUAAAUAUAAACAACAGCUACUAAUUCGUGAGCGUCAAAUAAAUACUCACACAGCAGAACGUUUGAUAGGACAAAUUGAUAAAAGCUUGAGAGACAGACAUCUUAAAGACAUGGUAGCUAAAGCUGAGCGAAUGCAAUUAUUUCUUGAUAGCAAGACUCCGCGAACUUUGCCGGGUAUCGACACUUUUAUUGAUCGUUUGUAUCGAGCUUUGGGAGAAGGUUUCUUUGCACAACAUAGGCUUUCGUAUAAAUUAAGUGAGCAAGGGAAUCGCCGUCGCGUUAAUUUCCUUAUGGGCCUCCCUACAGAGCGCCCUACGUCUUAUGAUUCUAUAAUUGCGAGCUAUCCUUAUAAGUUCAUGGAUUCAGAGGUAGUUCUAGAAAGGGUAAAAGCUGCCCUUGAUAUAUGUGAAAAUUCGACCAUGAAAUGCUAUUUAAUGUACGAAAUGGCCAGGUUACUUACAAGUCAAAAGAACUAUGCGCUUGGUAAAUUCUACGCUAAACGUUGUCAGCGUGAAGCUCAAAAUAUAGGAAGUGUAAUAUGGUGGCUGAACGCCUGUUUUGUGUUGAUCGGUGGAGAUAUGCAGCAGGGAAACUCGAACGAGGUGCGCGUUAUGGCGGAAGAAGCUUUUGAAUGGUCAAAGAAAUUACCAGAGGCCCAACAAGUGCAAGCAUUCCUAGCCAAAUGUGCAGAAAUGGCGUCCGAGACUGUACCUGUGGAUGAGACCAAAGCUAUAAUACAACGCGAGAAAAAAAUCUUGAAAGUAUUGCAAACCGACUUACGCGUAGAUGCACAAGUCUUAUUUAAGCGGAUAUCUACUGUCCCUCAUGGAAGAAGAUUUUCAGUUCUGCCACGUAAUCCUGACCAAGAAGUGAAAACGUCCGAGCGGCGGACCAGGCGCCAGCGGGGACUCUCCAUCAUUCCAGGGAUGGAGAAAGGAUUACCACGCCCACCUAAGUCUCACGUAUUGGGAUUUCAGACAUUCGAUAUAUAG